AUGGAUUCUCUUUGGCCGUUUAUUGCUUGGGGCAUUGAUGUUAUUGGGCCCAUAGAGACUCCUGCGUCCAAUGGACAACGUUUUAUCUUAGUCGCUAUUGAUUACUUCACAAAGUGGGUUGAGGCCUCAACACAUAAGGUCGUAACAAAGGUGGUAGCAGAUUUUGUUCGCAACAAAUUAGUCUAUCGAUUUGGAAUUCCAGUGUCAAUCAUAACAGUUAAUGGAGCCAAUCUUAAUAGCGACCUAAUAAGAGAGAUUUGCGAAAGGUUUAAGAUCUAUCAUCAAAAUUCCACGGCGAAUCGACCACAAAUGAAUGGAGCAGUUGAAGCUGCAAACAAAAAUAUCAAGAGUAUCUUGAGGAAGAUAACGAGCGGUGAUAGGGAAUGGAAUGAGAAGUUGCCAUAUGCUCUACUUGGAUAUCGCACCACAAUCAUAACUUCUACUGGGGCAACUCCCUACAUGUUUGUUUAUGGGUCGGAAGCAGUGAUACCUGCGGAAGUAGAGAUACCUUCAUUGAGAGUCAUUCAGGAGGUUGGUCUAGACGACGCUGAAUAG